GGUGAACGCGGAAGAUAGAUUCUUGCUCUGGCAAUCAAAUCUGAGUGGUCAAAAACCCCACAUUUAAGAUGAAAUCUCCGAUUAGUUAAUUUAUAUGCAACCAUAAUUUAUUCAGGGACUAGCUACAUGGAAUAAACUACAAGCUGCGAAGCAAAAGUAUGUCGCGUGACGUGUCCCCUCCGUCUGUUUUGGAGGUUGUCAGUUUCAUAGGCAAAGGAGUUGGCGCAGGCGCGGCACUGACAGCCGCUCUCUACCUGCUCCGCAGAGUGUGUUUAAUAAUGGCCUGGAAAUCUGGAGGAGCCAACCACGCAGAGCUUGUAAACAACCUACGCAAAAAUGGGAUCAUCAAGUCGGACAAGGUCUAUGAAGUCAUGUUGGCCACAGACCGAGGCCAUUUCUCCAGAUGCAACCCUUACAUGGACUCCCCACAGGCAAUAGGCUAUCAAGCAACCAUCAGUGCACCACACAUGCAUGCCUAUGCCUUGGAGCUUCUGUACGAUCAGCUGUAUGACGGGGCCAAAGCUCUGGAUGUGGGGUCUGGCAGCGGAAUCCUCUCUGCGUGCUUUGCACGAAUGGUAGGUCCCAAAGGGAAGGUGAUAGGAAUUGACCAUAUCAAGGAACUGGUAGAUGACUCUAUAACCAAUGUAAAGAAAGAUGACCCCGGCUUGAUAACAUCAGGUAGAAUACAAUUAAUCGUGGGAGACGGGCGGAUGGGCCAUCCAGAGGAGGCGCCUUACGAUGCUAUCCACGUGGGCGCGGCAGCACCCAACGUGCCACAAGCACUCCUUGAUCAGCUGAAGCCAGGCGGCAGGCUAAUUCUACCCGUGGGGCCGGCUGGAGGGAACCAGAUGCUGGAGCAGUACGACAAGCUGGAGGACGGCAGCACCAAGAUGAAGCCCCUGAUGGGGGUGAUUUACGUGCCUUUAACAGACAAAGAGAAGCAGUGGUCCAGGUGGAAGUGACUUCCUACUCCCUCUCUCCUUCACACAGUGGGCAAAGGGAUGAACUUUGAGGGGACAAACUGUCCAUAUACCACAUUUUCAAUGUGAGCCUGGAGGAGACUACUUUGGGUUCCAACAACAGCCAUUGGAAUUCUUUCAAAACAUUUUCUUUAUCAUGCUGAGGAAUAACCCCUGAGGUUGGGAAAAAGACUGUUAGAGAUUGAACAGAAGAAAGUGUCGGGGUUAGUCUUUUUUUCAGGCCUGCAUUUUUUUGGAGGGGGGGGGGUUGUGAAUUUUUCCUUUUGAAUAGCUGCAGGAUUUUGAGUUUAAAAUUAUUAUUUUUCUACAUUUUGGUUACAUCUGUGAGUUGCAAUCAACCAUUUCAACAAUAAUGCAUUUCAGCUCCAUCAAAGCUGAGUGUGAAGAGGUUGCCAGACUGUUCUGAUAAGGAAAGCCUGAGUUGAUGAGAUUAUUCACCCACUUGCUACUGAUUUGCAUCUGAAGAUCUGACUAGAUAUCUGUACUGCUCUGCUAACAUAUCAGCCCCCCCCCCACACACACAGUAUUUAAACAGGCACACGCAGGUUGCACAAAUGACUACUCUAUCCCACAUCCAGUUGUUUGACAUGCAGCACAUGGCACUAAAUGGCAUUAAAGAAAGGACUAUUACACCUAGAUUUACUCGUACAGUUGGAUACAGGCAAAAGCCAAACCACAACACUCUACAACAAGAGUGGAGCACAUCCACAUGGUUUCAAUGACAUUGUGUGCAGGCUUUACUGAUGACCGACACUAAAUGAAAUAGCUGGUGCUUUGCCAAAAUAAGCCUAAAUGCAAAGAAAAUGAAUGUCUGUAGGUUUUUUUUUUAAACAUGGAAUUAAAAAGCACAUUUAUUUUGGAUGGUCCAUGGCUUUCACAAUUUCUGGAAUGGCAAAAAUGAAAAUAAAAAGAUGCUUAUGUUUUUGUCCCA